AUAAACACGAAGUUGAGUUUGAGGUAACCAAUUGAUAUACAUUUCAAACUUUAAGCUUCACUAUCUAUCCUGUUCAGCCGCCAUGGAACAUUUUUUGGUGCUGGCAGUGGUGACAGCCUUCACCCUGCCGACUUCCCAAGCCGUGUUCGACUGUUCCGGGAAGAAGGACUACUUCUACAAAGACGAUGUCAGCUGUAUCAAAUACUACGAGUGUCGCUACGGGCAGCUGGUGGGGACGUACUCCUGCUCACUGGGGUAUUUCUUCUCUCAGGAUGCUGUGGGUGGCAUCUCGGCUACCAGGCUCAUAGAGGACGGGGUGUGUACCCUUCACGGAUACCGUGCUGGCAUGGCGCCCGAAGGACCUUUUAUUUGUCCGCGAGCUGGCAUGUUUGCUGUCGUCAAAAACUGCUCCCUGUACAUCUUCUGUAACCGCGCAGACGUGGAGGGGAACACUCUGCAGUGUUCGGAACAGUUCUUCUUCAACGAGACCAUGGGAUCUUGUCGCUGGCGAGGCCACUUCAAAGACUGCCUUAGAGAUGGGACUCGGAUCACGUCAACACCACAUCCAACAACCACGCCGAGGCCUACACAAUGGAACCCCUGGCAAAGAACAACAAAAAGAAUUACUACCACGCGUGCUCCGACCACCACGGGAAAACCUUGCUUUAAAGAAGGCUUAAAGACUGUGGACAUUGAAGACUGCAGCGGCUUCUAUAUCUGCAUCAAUUUGGCUUGGGUUCGAUACCAGUGCCCGCCAUUGUUGAUGUAUAACAUUAAGACGGGCGCCUGCCAGUGGGAUGUGUUGGUGGACACGUGCGACAAAGGGAAGUUUAUAUGGACAACAACAACAACAAAAGUGACAUCGACCACAACUCUAGGAUACCGUGCCGACAUGGCACCCGAACGAGCUUUCACCUGUCCGCGAGCUGGCAUCUUUGCUGUAGCCAAGAAUUGCUCCCUGUUCAGUAUCUGUGACCGCGCGGACGUGGAGGGGAGUAUUCUGCAGUGCCCGGAUCAGUUCUUCUUCAACGAGACCAUGGGAUCUUGUCGCUGGCGAGGCCUCUUCAAAGACUGUCUUAGAGAUGGGACUCGGAUCACGUCAACCUCACCUCCAAAAUCAAAAACACUUACAACUACAAAGAGGGAGACAAGUGUUGAUAUUUCCGACAAAACGAAUAAUUUGGGGAUCCGUCAGCAAACUAGAGCUCCUUAUGUGCAAAUCAGUUACGCCGAAUCCCACUGCAGUGCAAAUACCAUAAUGGUUGCCGUUGCGCGCGAUGUCGUUGGCCCAUUGGCAGGUGACAUAAACCUUGUCGCCCAUCUCCGAGACCCACAAUGUACCGGGAAGGACAAUUCAAGUCACAUCUUGUUCACCUUUAGCCUUGACACGUGCGGCACUUCAGCUCGGUUGACCAAAGAUUUUGUCGUGUUCCAAAAUGAGAUUUUCAUCAAGAGCUGCUCCCUUGUCCAGCAACAGGUGUCCGUGCCCUUUGAAAAUUAUCUCAACACGGUACUCACGGUGUGCAAAUAUGACCGCAAGGAACUCCUGUCCAUCUCUUACAAGCCACAUUUCCGAACCAUGAAUGUUCUGGAGCAUGGAUAUGGUAACCUGACGUUUAGUCUACAGCAGAACCAUGGCGUCCAGUUUAAAGUACCGUACCAGCCGGACGACUACCCGCUGUCCGUGGACCUGAGGACCAGAUAUACAUCCGUCUGGGCGUGA